CUCUUAUUUAAGUUUCUCCUGUCCCUUUUUUACAGAAUGGCUAUCCAAGUGGACAAGUUUGACUUUGAGAGCCUGCCACAGCUGGACCAGGAGACGGCUCACUUCACUAACCCCAAACAGCUGGAGGAGGAGCGGCAGCAUGCCCGAGGCUGCCAGAUCAACAGCAAGCUGCAGAUAUGUUGGAGCAUUCCUUCCCUGCAGCGCUGUGGAGAGGCUAGUGUGGAGGGAGCCCUCAACCAGCUGGUCCUGGAGCACCUACAGCUCGCACCUUUGCAGUGGGAUGUGCUGGUGAAUGGGAAGCCGUGUGAUUCUGACCUCGUAGCUGACUGCAAAGUGGGCGACGCUGUUACCCUGGAGGUGAAACUGACCAACCUAAGCAAGAACCCGGUGGGCCCUCUGGCGCUCACUGUAAUGCCGUUUCAGGACUACCAGAACGGAGUCCAGAAUUACGACCUUGACAAAGCUGUCACCUUCAUCGGCUCAGAGACCUUCUUCAUCGACACGGUUAAACCCAAGGAAAGCUCCACCUGUAACGGCGCCCUGCUUUUCCUCUACAUGGGGGAUUACUACCUUAACAUCAAGUUCCAGGAUGACAACACCCGACGAGAGCUUCCUCUAGCCUGGUUCACGCUGCCAAGUGUGUACAUCAGAGCUCUGGACACGCCUCUGCAGGCGGGGGCGUAGGAGUCCCCGAGGACCUCAGCGUGAAGGAAAGAGCUGUGUAGAUGUAAAAGCCCGGCUUACAUGUAAAUAAGGCGUUAGCAUUAGCAUGUUGUGCAGCAAAAGCUUGUUUUGGAGUUUAAGCUAAAAACACUAUUUCCUGGAUGACGAGACGUAAAACACAGUUUAGCAUCAGCCCAAGCUUCAGCUCACACGUUUGUCUUUAAUAAAACAACGUUGUCAAAUGGCUUAAACUAUUAUUUAAGCUAGCAGAGGUGAAUUUAUAUGUGACAGCUUGUGUUCGUUGUUCAGUUGUGUAUAUAACUCUAUUCGGUCAGCCUGAGCAUCAGCUGAUCUAUAAAAACAACCUAGCUGAAUUGUGGUGGUCAUGUGACCUGGAGUCAACCAGGUUCGUGUUAACCAACAACUAGAACAGCUUGUUGGGUAACUGCUCUCUUUCAGCUGCAGCGUUGGCUCAGACAGAUGCACACUCGCGGUUCUGUUGUCAACAAUAUAACUUUUCCAAACUUCAUAACAAAUAAAUAUUUGUGAGCUAAA